AUGGCUCCGCCGGCGGUGACGUCGCUGCGCGCCCAGACGGCCGGCGUCAUGGAAAGGUCUCUCAGCCACCACCAACGGGAGAAGGACAGGGAAGAUCUCAAGGAGGCUGCAGAACAGACCCUGAACGUCAUUGUCGACUUGAACCUUGAUGGCUCCAUCCGCUGGGUGAGCCCUUCUUGGGUCGAUGUGAUCGGUACGGAUGCGGCUCAAGCUCAGGGCACCCUCAUUUCCGAUGUCGUCGUGAGCGAGCCUACGUCCAUAUUCACCGACGUGGUUGAGUCCAUGCAGGAGGAUGAUUCCGGUAGCAAAUUCAUCCGCUUCUCUGUCAAGACUGGGCCUGAGUCGAAGUUACUCGCUUCCGAAGAUGCUCCCCAGGACAGCGAACAACAGGACGAAACCGAGCAAGAGGAGGGUGCCCCACAAGUCGUCGACCUCGAGGCGCAAGGCAUCAUGGUCCAUGAUACUGGUGGAGAAAGCCACGUUAUGUGGAUGAUCAGGCCAUGGGUUGCGCCCCGAGAGAUCAAGAUAGAUCUCGACUCCGAGCUCGUCGACUCACUUGGUUCCGGAGCCGAAGUCCUCGCUGGCUAUCUGACCCGACUUGCAGAAGAGCACCAGGCCGAAAUGGAGGUGCAGAUGGCUCAGGAAAGCUUGUCAGAGCACCGCCAUGCCAUUGUCAAGGUUCUUGAUGCCCUGGAGGCCCGAAAGAGUCGCUCGCUCAUCGGAGAGCAAACGGCCUUACCAGCAGCUGAAUACAAAGGAAUGCCCAUUGGGCCUCCACAAUCCAGCGCCUCGUCGCCCGGGACAUCCUCCCCAUCAACUAGCGGUGCCCGAUCACGAGAGAGAUCCUCGGGAUUUGGUCAUUCGCGUGCAAGAUCCUUCGCUGUUCGGCGACCACAGGCCCGGAUCGUCGAGUUGCUACUCGAUUUGUGUGACACGGCAAUUGAGAUCAGCACCCCGGCCAUCAAAGAGUCCUCAACGCAGAACCCGGGGGAGUUCCGCACUCAAUCGCCGCAAUCCGAGUCAAGAAUAGGCCAGGUCAUGCAAUGGCAUUCUCCCAGUACCAACACUCUCGAGCAGGAGCAGGGUUUGGCAUUCUUGUGUGCCGAUACAGAACGAAUCGCAAAGGCCAAGAUUGACGCCGUCUUCCGCCAUAGGAAAAUCAUCGAAUAUGCAGAGCGCAUACGCAUUGAGUUCUCGAUAAAGGUCCAAGACUGCAUUGAUGGUGCCAUGCGACGAGCUGCUCGGAUCGCUGCCGGGCGGAUGAGCGAUUCUACCGAGUCUGGGUCGGAAACUGGAGAAGAGGAUGUCACACCUGCCCAGGAAGAGGGCAUUUUCCCCGGAUCUUUCGACGCGGGCGCAUCUCUUGCCUUGGCUCUGGAAAACGCAAACCUAAGCGAUGACGUCGAGAAGCGACGGUUCUCCACAGCUAUCGAGUCGACACGCUCAAGCAAGUCUCCGAUCUCAGAGUUUGGGGAUCUGAGGAGACAAGCCAGUUCUCGGUCCCAUCACCGACGAAGCUGGAUCCUUCCUGGUGCCAUCUCUCCACGAAGGCAAGAAUCACCAUCUCGCAGCGCCCACCAACCCUCAUCGCCCCUCAGAAUCUCGAAACCUCGAGGUCUUGGGUUUCAGCAAGACGGCAUGGUUUCUCCAGAGCCGUCACCAAAAUUGCCCAACAGCGAGUUCAGCUCACCCAUUGCUGUUCCUCAACACCAACACCACCAACACCAUCAUCAUCAUCACAGAAGACAGUCCUCUGCCGCGAUAUCAUCAUCAACAGGGGAAAAUGUCAGAUUGCCACCCUCGCCACGGCUCAACGGAGUGGGUGCCCCGCCCAUGGCCCGUGCUGUCCCGCCCUCGAUCAAAGACUUCGAGGUCAUCAAACCCAUCAGCAAGGGUGCUUUCGGCAGCGUGUACCUCUCCAAGAAAAAGUCUACUGGAGAAUACUUCGCGAUCAAAGUGCUAAAGAAAGCGGAUAUGGUGGCAAAGAAUCAGGUUACCAACGUCAAGGCUGAGCGGGCCAUCAUGAUGUGGCAAGGCGAAAGCGACUUCGUCGCUAAGCUUUACUGGACGUUCUCAAGCAAAGACUACUUGUAUCUGGUGAUGGAGUACCUCAAUGGCGGCGAUUGCGCCUCUCUGAUCAAGGUGCUUGGCGGGCUUCCGGAGGAUUGGGUAAAAAAGUACCUUGGCGAAGUCGUCCUUGGUGUCGAGCAUCUUCACAGUCGUGGUAUCGUGCACAGAGACUUGAAGCCGGAUAACCUUCUCAUCGAUCAAAAAGGCCCAUUCGCAAGGUCUACGUCCGUGGGGUCCUCAAUUUCUCGAUCAACAUCACUCGAUGUCCAUGCCCCACGCCACCCUUCAUCACCGGGCUCAACACCGCAGAUGACUCCUAGCGAUUUCGGCCUAAGCCUCGGGCAACCGUCCUAUUUCAGCCUUGGCACGGCGCAAGAGCCCCGCCGAAUAUCUAGUAGCCAUCGAAGCGAUAGUGGAGGCAGCGAGUCUCUGACUCACAUGCUUGGCAACUUCAGUCUGAACGAUAGUACUCAAAGCUCAGCGUCCCAGGCUAUCAUGUCGCCGAACGAGGGAAGUGAAGGAGGCAGUCCCUCCAUAGAGGCCGGGUCUCUGCGCCAAGCAAGCACGACGAGCACACAAGGCAGCAUGGACCAAGGAAAGGCCACACCACCUUUGCCUAGCAUGCCUCCGCCGAACUGGGCCUUGUUUGAUCCGGAAGAUACAAGCCGGCGGUUUGUUGGCACGCCCGACUACCUCGCCCCAGAGACGAUCCGAGGCGAACCUCAAGAUGAGACAAGUGAUUGGUGGUCGGUUGGUUGCAUCUUGUUCGAAUUUCUCUAUGGCAUACCGCCUUUCAAUGCAAGCGAGCCCGAUCAAGUAUUCGAGAAUAUCCUGGCUCGAAGGAUUCACUGGCCGGACGAGAGCGAGGAUGAAGUGUCGCCUGAAGCCAAGGAUCUGAUCAACAAAUUACUGUGCAUAGACCCACAGGAACGGCUAGGCUCGAACAAGAACGAGAACUUCGCAUCUGGUGGAGAGGAGAUUCGGAAUCACACUUGGUUUCAGGGACUCAGCUGGGAGACUUUGUUGUUGGAUGAGGCUCAAUUCGUGCCACAGCCCGAAAAUCUCGAGGAUACCGAAUACUUCGAUGCUCGUGGUGCCACAUUGCAAUCAUUUGCAGAAGAGAUGGAGGAUCAGUUGUCGCCGCAACCAGGCGGCCCUGUCACUGAUUAUCCAGAACGCCCGCACGACGCUUUGAACCGCGUACGGUCACAAGUCAACUCGAUGAAGCGCGGACUGAUGCCUCUGCACAUACCGCCCCACGUCCGAGAUCUCAAGAGCAGAAGACUGAGCGAACCUAUGGUCAAUGAUGACUUUGGCAACUUUGCUUACAAGAACUUACCUGUGCUAGACAAAGCAAACAAAGAUGUCAUCCAGAAAUUGCGCGCAGAUGCCUUGGCGGCACAGAACAAAUCAUCAGCGGCCACCAGCCCUGUUGGCAUAAACCAAGUCACUUCACCAGGUGGCGCUGGCCUCGAGGGCAGUCCUGUGUUGUCAAACCCAGUACACAGGACGUUGUCCAACGCGAAAGCCACUCAGCGCCCACAGUCUCCAUCAGGCUUGAGCAACGCGCACUCGUCGCCAAGCCGAGUCUCACAGCCAUCGUCUCCUCUUCUGGUUUCGUUUGUGGCAGGGCAAGAAGGAAGACGUAAGGCUUCCAGUAAUGCUUCCAAUUUGUCUCAACAGUCAAGCUCUGGUAGCUCACUUCAGCCAGGCAACUUCUUCGAUGUGCCACGUGUUCCGCCGAGCCUUCAGAAGGCCGCCUCAUCAGUGUCAGCGUCUCCUGUUAAGGGCCGCGGUGCACCGCCGCCACUCGCUUUAUCUCCACAGAGGACGGUUACGACACCUCGCCAGGGAAGUGGCCAAUCGAGCGCUAGGUCGAGGUCACUUACCGUCGGCUCGCAGGAAGGAAGCCCUGUGGCUGCCGACCUCUUAGCACACCAUCGAAACCGUCGCAGCCAAGUCUUCGACAUGUCACCUUCGUCGUCUGAUAACGAAGGCGAAAAAGCCAAUGCCGCGCUUCUUAGGGUCCAGAGGCGGCGCCACAGCUCCCGGCGGUUGUCACAAAUCACGUAUGACUGCCCAACAUUCCGGCCGCUCGACGUUCUAAUAUGCGAAGACCACCCUGUAUCUCGGAUGGUCAUGGAAAAGUUGCUGGAGAAGCUGCGCUGCCGCACAAUCUCGGCCUCCACUGGCUCUGAGGCUGUUCGGUACGCCAUGAGCGACAUCAAAUUCGACGUGAUAUUCAUGGAGUUCAAGCUACCGCAAAUCAACGGUGCCGACGUCGCCAAGAUGAUUCGCGAGACCAAGAAUGCCAAUUCGCACACGCCACUAGUGGCCAUUACCGCGUAUUUGAAGGAACUUCAGGCUCCGCACUACUUUGACUCGCUGAUUGAGAAGCCCAUCAGCUCGUCGAAACUGACUGAGGUCCUCACUCACUUUUGUCAGUGGAAACCUGCGUCGCCCAGUCAACCUCACAUGACGCCGAUGUCGCUGGCCCGCCCGAUACCGUCAAGCUUGAGGCAGGAGAGCUUGAGACUGGAGGAUAGCCCUACCAGUGGUACGUCUUCUGGCUUUGCAAACCGGCCCGGUAGCAGCUUCCGUGGUUCUAGCCGCGAGGACUCGAUUUCCUCUAGCCUGUUUGGCGACUCAGAGUCAAUAUCGACUGAUGACAUCCCUGUCGUGAUUAGUCGGAAGGCCACGGGUGAUUGGAGCGAGCACGGCCUGGGAAUUGAUGUCUCAUCGGAGGAGCAUAUGCUGAGCUCGAGUGAUCUUGCGAAGGGCAUGCCUCCGCUGCGGCUCCAGACAAGUGCUCCGGGACAGAUCGAGCACGGUCCAACAGUUGUGCCGGUAGCCGGUCCGCAGCCACGUCGCUCUUUCGAGAGACUGCGGGCGAAACGAGAAAUAAUGGAGAAGAGACGCCUCGAGGGCAACACCGGCUUCGAUUCCGCAGACGAUGAGGACGAAGAGCUAGGCCUCGGAGGCACCGGCAAGGCAGGCAGUCCUGGGCCAACUUCUGCCCCAGCAUCGGUUUCAACUUCGAAGCAGCACUACCGUAGCAAGUCGGUGCUCCCUUCAUCGAAGCUCGGCAUCGAGAUGAUGCGCGCCAACAGCCAUGAGAGUACCAACUUGCCGGAUGGCUCGUCCGCAACCGAGCUGAGGAUGCAAGGUCUUUCUGCGUCUGCGAAUGAGGUUGAAUGUCAAUCCCCACGAUCUGGUCCUAGUCUCCAGCCACCGGAUCUACAUGCUGGUGGACUAGUUCUGAGCCCGGCUCCAGUGAUCAAGGAGGAGAAUGAGGAAGAUGAGAAGACCGUGAUUAUUCACACACCUCCGUCUGGGGAAGCGGCCGAGUUGGCUACAAAGGACGGAGACGAGAUCGAGGAGACACCGAGGCCGCCUCCAUCUACAAUUGAGCGAAAGCUGUCUUCUCCCACGCUCGGGACUGAAGAUCAGCCAAAAUCAACCUCAAAAGAACCCCCUAUCGAUCUCAAUGAGCAGUCUGUCGAUAACGACGGAGGGACAACAUCAGCUAACGACAGCUGA